AAAAUCAGAUUCAGCAGCACUCGCUUCCGACUCACUGCUUUAAAAAAAUGAAUGAAACGAUAUCCGGAGUGGGCGAUCCGGUGGUAACGGAUGCAACGAAGGGCGGAGGAUCCGAAGCUGCUCGAAUUGCGGAAGUGAAGGCGUGGCUGGCGGCUCAAUUCGAUGCCGUCGGGAAAGAGGUCCCCGAUUUCGAAUACACUUCGCGAAGCAUUGCCCAUCUGUAUAAUCUGACUACCGUCUCGCAGGCCAAGACUCAAGCUGCCAACAUUGUCGCCAAUGAUUUUCGCCAGAAAGCCGCCGAAUACCGUUCUCAAGCUGCACGAAUUAGAGAGAUAUUGGAGAGCGUCGGAUUAGCGCAGGAGAGUUUGCCGUCUAAUGUGGUUGCGUCGGCGCAAGUUCUGGCAAAUGUUGCUAAUUUAUUGAAUAUUCGGGACACCGAACUUAGUAGUUUUCUUGUAGCAAUGGGUGAUAUUUCUUUGAGAAAAACUGGGGUAGAUGAGAAGAGAGCUAAAGUGCACAAAGAGUCCAAAACUCUUCUGGAGUAUACUCGAAAAGCAAUUGCAAGGCUAACCUAUUUGAAAAGGACAUUAGCUCAACUAGAAGAUGAUGUGGCUCCAUGUGAUGCUCAAAUGGAAAAUUGGAAAACGAACUUGGGAGUUAUGGCAUCAAAGGAGCGACAGUACAUGCAACAGUAUAACAAUUAUAAGGCAUUACUAAAUCGCGUGGGCUACUCACCUGAAAUUAAUCAUGGGGUGUUGGUGGAAAUGGCUGAGCACAGGAAAGAUUUAGAGAAGAAGACCAAGCCCAUCUUAGAUACUUUGAGGAGUUACCAGGACCUGCCUCCGGAUAAAGCUUUAGCUGCCUUAGCAAUUGAGGACAAGAAAAGGCAGUAUGCUGCUGCUGAAAAAUAUCUCGAAGAUGUGUUGCAAUCAGCCCUUGCUACGUCAGAUUGAUUGGCUUCGAAUGUGUUGAUUUUUUUAUUAUUAGAGAACUUCUGAAAAGGUGACUUUUGUUCUGGUGGUUGAAACCAAAAGACGAAAAUGCCGACUUCUCAUUCGGAUUUAAGGUCCCUCUAUUUUGUGUAUUGUGAUGUUCUAUAAGUGCAGACAAUUUGUAUGAUACAAGUUAUAAUGUUGUUAUAUUGUAUUAAUUAUGUACGCAUUGAC